AUGUCUAUCAUUGAAGAAUUAUUGGAGAAGCACCAUGAAAAAUUUAUCCAGUCGAUCACUCACCCUUUAACCAAUGAGUUGUGCAAGGGGACUUUGGCCGAUUACCGCUUGUUCACUUAUUUGACUCAAGACUUGAAGUUUUUCCAGAUUGGGUUGAAUUUGUUUGGCAAAGUUUUGGCCUACUGUGACGAUUCCAAGGCUGCCAUUACACUUGGAAAGCAGAUAGGGUUUAUUUCCAAUGACGAAAACGACUACUUCUUCAAAUGCUUAGAACAAUUGAAGGAUGAAAGCUUACAUGAGCUACAGAACAAGGUGUCGCAAAUGCUACUUGAACAGCCAAUAACUCUUCCAGAAGUACAGAAGUACAAUGAAUUGCUUACCGAGCUUACUUAUGAAAGCAAAUCCUACGUUGAGCUCAUUACGUAUAUGUACACAAUGGAAAAGGUAUAUCUAGGUUGGGCUGACUACAGCAUUGAUAACAAGUUAAUACCUGCCAACAUCACCUACAAACAUAAGGAGUGGAUCAGAUUACACAGUGGAGACGAUUUCUCCAACUGGGUAGCAUUUCUCAAGAGUGAAGUGGACAGGGUUGUGAAAUCGCCAGAAGAUAGAGAAAUCAGUGAAAGAGUGUUUGUCAGGGCCUUGGAUCACGAGAUUGCAUUCUUCAAUGCUUGCUAUAACUAUGACGAACAGUAA